AUGGAGAAGGCCCUUGUCUUUCUGCUGAUCGCCCUCCUGGCAGUGGCCUAUGCGGUUCCUGACCCCAGGGGAAUCAUUAUCCAGUUGGAUGAUGGUGAGCUCUGCCUGAACAGCAUCCAGUGCAAGAGCAAGUGCUGCCACCGUGACACCGGGCUGAGCCUGGCCCGCUGCAUGCCCAAGGCCAGCGAGAACAGCGAGUGCUCUCCCAAGACGCUCUAUGGGGUUUACUACAAGUGUCCCUGUGAGCGGGGCCUGACCUGCGAAGCUGACAAGACCAUUGUGGGAGCCAUCAUCAACACCAACUUUGGUAUCUGCCAUGAUGUUGGACGCUCCACGCAGUGA